GAUUUCGGCCCACACCGCCCCAGCCUGUCGUACGUGCGUGUAUAUCCGGACACCCCAGCGCCGACGACCUACCAACUGCCAGCCACGCUACGCUCCAUUCUCCGGCGACAUGUCCACCACCACUACCGCAUCCACGGCCGUCCACGAGCGGCGCCGGGCGCUCCAGGCGUUCGACGACACCAAGGCGGGCGUCAAGGGCCUGGUCGAUGCUGGCGUCACCGCCGUCCCGGCCAUCUUCCACCACCCGCCGGACUCCCUCCCCCUCGACGCGUCUCCUCGGCCUCGUCACGAGCACCGGUUCACCAUCCCGGUCAUCGACCUCGCCGGCCUCGUGACGCCGCAGGGGCGAGCCUCGGUGGUCGGCGCGGUGAGGGCGGCCGCGGAGACGGUGGGCUUCUUCCAGGUGGUGAACCACGGCGUGCCGGAGGCGACCACGUCCGGGAUGCUCGCGGCGGUGCGGCGCUUCCACGAGGAGCCGGCCGAGGCCAGGGCGCCCUACUACAGCCGGGACCACGGCCGGCGCGUCAGGUACGCCAGCAACUUCGACCUGUUCCAGUCACCGGCGGCCAACUGGCGCGACAGCGUCUACAUCGACAUGGCGCCGGACGCGCCUCCGGCGCCCGAGGAGAUCCCGCCGGCGCUCCGGGACGUCGCGCCGGAGUACGCUGCGCUGGCGCGGCGGCUGUACCACGAGCUGCUCGGGCUGCUGUCGGAGGCGAUGGGCCUCCGCCCCGGGCACCUGGAGGAGGACGCCGCGUGCACGGACGGGCUCAACCUCGCCGCCCACUACUACCCGGCGUGCCCGGAGCCGCGCCUGACCAUGGGCACCACCAAGCACUCCGACCCCAGCUUCCUCACCGUGCUGCUCCAGGACGCCAUCGGCGGCCUCCAGGUGCUCGUCGACAACCUCGAGGAGGACGGCGAGUCUUCUGUCUGGGUGGAUGUGCCGGCGGUGGCGGGGGCGCUGGUGGUGAACGUCGGCGACUACCUGCAGCUCGUGUCCAACGACAGGUUCAAGAGCGUGGAGCACCGGGUGGUGGCCAACGGCGCGGGGCCCCGGGUGUCGGUGGCCUGCUUCUUCCGGACGUACGGCGCCGCCGCGUCCACGAGGGUGCUGCGGCCGAUCGUCGCCGGAGGUGAAGGAGGCGCGCGGUACAGGGGCGCGACGGUGGAGGAGCUGCUCCGGCACUACCGGGCCAAGGGCCUCGACGGCACCUCCGCGCUCCACCACUUCAGGCUCUGAAUGAAUCUCGUCGAAACUACUCUACUUUUGUCUCGUGUUAGUUUGUGAUCGGAAAUCAUGCAUAUUUGGAUUUGUAUCCUAUGUAUAUUUAAGUUCUCUUUUCUAA